ACAUGGAUAACAUGACUGUCCAUUUUCACAACUUCAAACGGUAGUCCAUGACCCGGUCCCUAUUUGCGACACCCAUCAUGCCCCUGACUGCCCCGGAAGUGGAUAACGCAUCACCAACAGCGCGGGAAAAUCUAACUAAGCAGGACCGUACAAAAUAUGGACAUCUCAGCAAUAGUACAUCAAUCGCUGCUCCACCUCUUGGAGUACAGUCCACUGCCAGAACACCUGCAUGGCCCUGAUUCACUACCAGAACACCUGCAUGGCCCUGAUUCACUGUCACAACACCUGGAUGGCCCUGAUUCACUGCCAGAACACCUGCAUGGUCCUUAUUCACUACCAGAACACCUGCAUGGCCCUAAUUCACUGUCACAACACCUGCAUGGCCCUGCUCCACUGCCAGAACACCUGCAUGGCCCUGAUUCACUGCCACAACACCUGCAUGGCUCUGCUCCACUGCCAGAACACCUGCAUGGUCCUUAUUCACUACCAGAACACCUGCAUGGCCCUGAUUCACUACCAGAACACCUGCAUGGCCCUGAUUCACUGUCACAACACCUGCAUGGCCCUGCUCCACUGCCAGAACACCUGCAUGGCCCUGAUUCACUGCCACAACACCUGCAUGGCUCUGCUCCACUGCCAGAACACCUGCAUGGUCCUUAUUCACUACCAGAACACCUGCAUGGCCCUGAUUCACUGCCACAACACCCGCAUAGCCCUGCUCCAGUGUCAGAACACCUGCAUGGCCCUGCUCCACUGCCACAACACCUGGAUGACGCUACUCCACUGUCAGAACACCUGGAUGACCCUGCUCCAGUGUCAGAACACCUGGAUGACCCUGCUCCAGUGUCAGAACACCUGCAUGGCCCUGCUCCACUGCCACAACACCUGGAUGACCCUACUCCAGUGUCAGAACACCUGCAUGGCCCUGCUCCACUGUCAGAACACCUGGAUGACCCUGCUCCAGUGUCAGAACACCUGGAUGGCCCUGCUCCAGUGUCAGAACACCUGGAUGGCCCUAAUUUACAGUCAGAACACAUGGAUGACCCUGAUUCAUUGUCGGAACACCUGGAUGACCCUACUCCACUGUCAGAACACCUGGAUGACCCUGCUCCAGGGUCAGAACACCUGCAUGGCCCUAAUUCACUGUCAGAACACCUGGAUGACCCUGCUUCAGUGUCAGAACACCUGCAUGACCCUGAAUCACUGUCAGAACACCUGGAUGACCCUGAUCCACUGCCAGAACACCUGGAUGACUCUGCUCCAGUGUCAGGACACAUGGAUGACCCUGCUCCACUGCCACACUACUUGAUGUGUGAGUUAUGUGGUAAAACAUUCCAAUCGAAUAAAUAUCUGGCCAGGCACAAGAGAUGGCAUGAUGGAGAGUACAAGUGUACACGCUGUGAUGCGAAUUUUCAUGACAAUUCCAGCUUAAAGUCACACAUCACUUUUAUCCAUUAUGGUAAGCUACUUGAAUGUGCCCAGUGCGACAAAAAAUUCAAGUCAGCAGGUGGACUGAGGAAACAUCAACAGCUGCAUUCUCCCAAGACCCAGAAGUGUACUGUUGACAAAUGUGACAGAGAGUUUACAGCGGCUGCUCCUCUCUAUUACCAUAGGGAAAAAUAUCAUAGAAAGGACACCAGCAAUUUCUUUGAGUGUGGCUCUUGCUCCAAGACAUUCUCUUCUAAUAGCAAGUUAGAGAGGCAUGUGAUUACUCAUGAUAACCUCAGGCCAUUCACAUGUGAAACUUGCCAAACUACCUUUAAGAGGAAGGACAGCAUGGUCAGACACAUGUCCACACAUACGACUGUGUCAUGUGGAAUGUGUGGGGGGAAAUACAAAGGCCAGCACCAGUACAAAAGACAUUUGAAAACAAAACAUUGAUCACUCGACUUCAUUUUCAAUGCAUUCUAAGUAAGAUUAGUCACCCUCUUUAUUCUGUAAACUUACAUGCUGUUUUCAGUAUUUUUUCUACUCUUUCAGACCAUUGCAACACAUAAUGAUGUUGUUUACAACUGCAGUAGCAACGUGCAUGGAAAAUACAUGAUUUGUUCCUGCUAACACUUUCAUUCAUUUUCUGUUAUGUUCAGGUUAAGUUGUAUAUACAUGACAAGCAUUUAUCUAGUUCCUAUUCAAUAUGUUUAACAACUGUUAAACAGCAAUUGGCAUAACCAAAACGUAAAACCUUCUGUUACACAACUUUCUUCAGGAUACACAAACUUUUGGGCAUGACCAAUACAUCUCAUUUGUUGCUCAUGUGCUCACCAUAAGAAUUAAAAGUACAACAAGUCAACAACUGUUUCCAUAUGCAUGGUAUACAUGUGUAUCAGACAUGUUAAUUUGUAAGCAUCUAUAGAUAUGAGGUGAUAUGCAUCAUCCUGAUAGUUAUGUAUUGUUAGCAUGGGCAUUUGGUUAUCCACAUACAAGUAAAUAGUCUCUACCAUGGGCAUUUUGUUAUCCACAGACAAGUAAGUAGUCUCUAUCAUAGGCAUUUUUGUUAGCCACAUAGAAGUCAUUCAGGGGCAUGAUGAGUGUCGCAAGAGGAACCCCGUCAUGGUCAGACCACCGUUUAUUAAAUUAACGUUGUGAAAAUGGACAGUCAUGUUAUCCAUGUUAUCUGUAUUUAUUAAAGAUCGUGCGUUCCUUCUGUGCGUAAAGCGAAAACUUUCAUUGGCCAUGGUGUUCUAUGCCUAGGCGCGCCUGACUUAUGGUAUCGCGACCGGAGGUAUGGGGUAAUCUCAAAAACCAGCGGGUCUUGGGCCGUCAUAUUUGGUCAGAGGAUGGGUAAACAUGUUAACCAACGAAUGCACUAAAACGUUUUGCAUGUCGUUUCGACAUUUUCUUAAAACGAGCAACUUUUAAACUUUUUUGGCUAAUGUUUUAGUGAAAAAGGGACCGUGCGGGUCGGAGCUGGACCGUGCGGGCCGGAGCUGGGACGUGCGGGCCGGAGCUGGAACGUGCGGGCCGGAGC